AGGGAAGGGAGAGUAGAGAAGUUAUGGCUUCUAAACCUGGAAUUCUCACAGACUGGCCAUGGAAACAUCUUGGUAGUUUCAAGUAUAUGGUUUUGGCACCAUGGGUGGCUCAGAGCAUGUAUUCAUACAUGAUGGUGAAGAAGGAUCAUGAGAGGGAUUUGACCAAUUUUGUCAUAUUCCCUUUGCUCUUGUCAAGAAUGCUUCACAACCAGAUAUGGAUCACCCUCUCUCGCCAUCGCACUGCCAAAGGCUCCAACAGGAUUCUGCAUAAGCCCAUUGAAUUCCACCAAGUUGAUAGAGAAUCCAACUGGGAUGACCAGAUAUUGUUCAAUGGAAUACUGUUCUACCUAGGUAACAUGAUGCUUAGGGGGGCUUCUCACCUGCCCUUGUGGAGAACAGAUGGUGUUAUCAUCACCAUGUUGCUUCAUACCGGGCCUGUGGAGUUUCUUUACUACUGGUUACACAGGGCACUGCACCACCACUACCUCUACUCUCGCUACCAUUCCCACCACCAUUCCUCCAUUGUCACCGAGCCCAUUUCAUCUGUGAUUCAUCCUUUUGCUGAACACAUAGCAUACUUUAUGCUCUUUGCUAUACCAAUGCUAACUAUGGCGCUCACUGGGACGGCAUCCUUAGUUGCAUAUGCUGGAUAUCUUACUUACAUUGACUUCAUGAACAACAUGGGUCACUGCAACUUCGAGCUCAUUCCCAAGAGACUUUUCUUCAUCAUCCCUCCUCUUAAGUACCUUAUGUACACGCCUUCGUUUCACUCGCUCCAUCACACUCAAUUUCGAACUAACUACUCCCUUUUCAUGCCCAUGUAUGAUUACAUCUACGGUACUGCGGACGAAUCCACGGGUACCUUGUACGAGGCCUCCCUCCAAAGACGGGAGGACAUGGCAGAUGUUGUGCAUUUAACCCAUCUAACAACCCCAGAGUCCAUCUACCAUCUGAGGCUGGGUUUUGCCUCCAUAGCCUCUAGACCUUACACUCCCAAGUGGUACCUGUGGGUAAUGUGGCCAGUGACAAUUUGGUCUAUGAUAAUAACUUGGAUUUAUGGGCGCACUUUUGUGGGAGAGAGGAAUGUCUUCAGAAAUCUCAAGUUACAAACCUGGGUCAUACCCAAGUACAACAUUCAAUACUUCAUGCAAUGGCAAAAGAAGUCUAUUAAUAGCUUGAUUGAGGAUGCUAUACUGGAAGCUGAGAAAAGAGGCAGUAAAGUUUUGAGUCUAGGGCUCAUGAAUCAGGCAAAGGAACUUAACAAGAAUGGUGAGCUUUAUAUCCAGAGGAACCCUCAGCUUAAAGUGAAGGUGGUAGAUGGAAGCAGCUUAGCAGUUGCUGUUGUGUUAAAUAGCAUUCCCAAAGGAACAAAACAAGUACUCCUUAGAGGCAGUUUAUCGAAGGUUGCUUAUUGCAUUGCCUUGGCCUUGUGCCAAAGACACAUCCAGGUAUGCGUCAUGCAUGAAGACGAGUUUAAGAAGCUUAAGGCAACGCUUGACACACAGGCUGCAAGUAACUUGGCACUCGCUAACACUGAUUUUCCAAAGACAUGGCUAGUGGGAGAUGGAUUGAGUGAAGAAGCACAAUUGAAGGCAUCAAAGGGAACUUUGCUCAUUCCAUUCUCACAAUUCCCUCCUAAACAAAUUCGAAAUGACUGCUUCUAUCACCAUACCCCGGCCAUGGCCACCCCCAAGUACCUCGAGAAUGUAGACUCCUGCGAGAAUUGGCUGCCGAGAAAAGUGAUGAGUGCCUGGCGAAUUGCAGGAAUAGUGCAUGCUUUGGAAGGGUGGAAUGUGCAUGAAUGCGGCAAAAUGUUGUUCAACAUCGAGAAAAUAUGGGAAGCCAGUCUUCUACAUGGGUUUCAGCCUCUUAAGCCGGCCAUAGAACAUGCAUUGAUUAAUUAGUUGGAGAGCACAUAUAUUUAUAUAACUAUACACACACACACACGCACCCCAAUGUUGAUGGAUCCUAAGAAAGAAUUAAUCUUUAUAUUGAAUCAAACCAUGGGCUUGUGAUCAACUCAUUGUGUGACAAAUUUUAAUUUUAAUAUCCGUUUGAUAUAGCAAGGAAUCAAUUGUAAGCUGUUCGUACUUCUUUAAAUCUUAUAAAU